CUUUUGCCACGAUGCAGCCCAGGGAGGGGGAACCAGGGGGGUUUGGGGGGGUUCUGCUCCCCGACCCCUAUAACAGCUUCAUGCAUCACCACUUGAGCUACUACGGCUACUCCCAAGGCCACAAGUUGAGUGCACACAAGAGCCCCAUGGCCUCGGGGGACCCCACGGAGCAGCCUCCCACUGAGCUCCUGAUCAGCAUGGGCAGCACCAAUCCUGGGCAGGAGCUGAGCCGGCCCCCACCCCAACCUGACACUGGGGCCCCCCCCAGCUCCUCCUGGAGCCCCUCACUGCAGCACCGGGAGGCCCUGGGGGAGCUGCAGGGUCCCAUUGCUGGGCUCUCACUGGGGGGGCUCCUGCCCCCUCCCCGCUGGCCUGUGCAGUGCGAGGUCACUGAGGAGAGCAUCGAGCACAUCAAGUGGGUACCCCCUGAACCGGAGCCCUUCUGCCAGCCCAUGAGCAUGGAGCAGGCCCCAGCCACCCUCAGCGAGGAGCAGGGCACCAUUGUCUAUAACUGCAGCCCAGGGAGCGGGCAGCACCCAUGGGUGCCCCCUCUGCCUCGCCAAACCCCAUUGCUGGGCCUCUCUGCAGUGCCCCAAGGCACCCAUAUUGGGGGGGCCCCAGGGCCCCUGUCCUGGGCAGCAGCACCCUUGGGGGGGCCCCAGGACUCGACGCUGCUCUUUGAGUCCCGCUUUGAGAGCAGCAGCCUGCAGAGAGCAGUCAAGGUGGGGCCCUAUGAGCAUGUGCUGUGGCUGCGGCUGCGGCCAGACCUGGUCACCACCAAGCACACCCAAUGGUUCUACUUCCAUGUCCAAAACACCCGCCGGGAGCCCCUGUACCACUUCACCAUCGCCAACCUCGCCAAAGCCAAGAGUCUCUAUGGCGAGGGCAUGAGGCCGCUGCUCUACUCCCAGCGGGACGCCCAGAGCCGCGGCAUCGGCUGGUGCCACGUUGGCACCCAUGUCUGGUACUACCGCAGUGCUGGUGCCGGUGACCGGGAGCCGGCUGCUUUCCACCUCUCCUGGGCUGUGUGCUUCCCCUAUGAUGGGGAUACCUGCUUCUUCGCCCACUCCUACCCCUACCCCUACACGGACCUGCAGCACUACCUGCGGGCCCUGAUGGGCGACCUGGUGCAGGCGCUGUGCCGCAGCCUGGCCGGCAACACCAUGUACCCAAGCCGAGGCCUCCUGCGGCACCUCUUUGUCUUCACCGUGGUGCCGAUGCUCAACCCCAAUGGGGUGGUGGUGGGGAAUUCCCGGUGCUCCCUGUCCGGCUGGGAUCCCAACAGUGCCUAUGGAGCGAGGCCUGGAGUGUUCCCUGCAGUGUGGCACCUAUGGGCGAUGGUUGAGAGGGUGCUGGUGGAGCGGGAGGUGGUGCUGUACUGCGACUACCACAGGCACAGCCGGAAGAACAACGUCGUCAUGUACGGCUGCGAUGGCAGCGGGACCGGUGUGGGGCUGCGGCUGCACCAGCGCAUCUUCCCUUUGAUGUUCAGCAAGAACACCCCGGACAGGGUGGGGGGCAAUGGGGGUCCAGCAGUGGCGGAGCUGGAUGUGCUCCUGCGGCAGUGGCUGGGCCAUGAGCCGGGGGGUGCUGGCAGCUGGAGUGAUGUGGCCACAUCCGAGCUUGAGUCCAGCACCGCCGGCUCUCACAGUUCGGUGUCGGACGCGCUCCCGGUGCUCCCGCGGUGCCGCCGCUCGGGCUCAGCCCGCGCCGCUUUGCGGCCGGAGCAGCGCAGGAGGAAGCGGCUGCGGAGCCGCGGGGCCAGGGCCGCCGAGCGCGGCCUCAGCGCUGCCGCCCGGAGCCGGGACCCGCGGCGCUGCCUCCACCGCUGCGGCUCCGCGCGGGUCGCUCCGUGCCCCCCGGGGCCCCUCCACGGCACGGCGGGGCCCGGUGCUGCCGCUGCGGCCUCUCCCGUCGCAGCCGCCCCGGCGGGGACCAGGCCGGGCCGUGCUCCGAGCGCGGCUCCAGGCCCCAUCCGGUCCCUCCGGGCCGCCCCGCGCUGCUGCGCCUGUGUUCGCCAUUAA